GUUAUCAAUGAAUAGCAUGCUAAAAACACUCAUCAGACGAACGUAUGUUUUGAAAGUGAACGGUGGUGGUCAUCGAGUUAGUGUGGCUGCUGGCAAAAUGUUGCAAACUUUUGAGGACUGUGUUUUCCAACAAAUCGAUAAAAAAUUUAUCUCUUCCAUGGAUUAUGAUAAGAAAAUCAGCAGCAUCGAUGCCAAAUAUUAUCAAAUCAAUGAUAAAAUUUCUAACAAUAAUAUGAAUGAAAAUAACAAUGAAUCGGAUAUGCAAAAUUAUAAUGAAGAAUAUGAGGAAGCUGUCAAAGCCUUGAAUGCUUUACAAUCGAAUGCCGAAUCUCUGCGUAGUUCUAUACAUAAACAUAAACGUUUAAAUUCUUUACAAGAUACCCAACGUUAUUUGCUGAAAAGUGGUUUGUCUGGUAAAGAUUUGGAAAAACUAUCCUAUAUACAUGUCUCGGGUACCAAGGGCAAGGGCUCCACUUGCGCCUUAGCCGAUGCCAUUCUACGCUCCUAUGGCGUUAAGACCGGUUUCUAUAGCUCCCCCCAUCUGGUCUCGGUAACCGAACGAAUACGCCUCAAUGGUCAACCCAUAUCGAAACAAAAAUUUACCCAAUACUUCUGGCCCGUCUACAAUAAGCUAAUGGAAACGCAAGAAUAUGAAAAUGAUAUGCCGGCCUAUUUUAAAUUUCUCACAAUUUUAUCAUUUCACGUGUAUCUGGCUGAAAAAGUGGAUGUGGUAAUAAUGGAAGUUGGCAUAGGUGGGGAAUUGGAUUGCACCAAUGUCUUGCCCAAUACCAAAACAGUGGGUAUUUCUUCGUUGGGUCUAGAGCAUACACAGUUGUUGGGUGAAACCCUCAAGGAAAUAGCCUGGCAAAAGGCUGGAAUAAUUAAGCCUUAUGCUACAGUAUAUACCUCGGUCACUCAGCCCGAAUGCUUGGAAGUUAUACAACAAAGAGCCAACGAAAAACAAGCUAAAGUCUAUAGAGUACCCGAUUUUGUUUCAUAUUUCCAAGAUCCUAAAGUGGAAUAUAUAAAGCAGCAGCUAAAUAAUUGUACGGUACUAAAUGGUUCCUUGGCUUUGCAAUUGGCCUAUGAUUGGUUAAGGCAAAAUUGUAAUGGUUUCCAUAGAGAAUAUGAAAUAAACCAAGCAUGCUUAACAGAACAGGCCAUAAAAGGUAUACUAAACUGUAAUUGGCCGGGCAGAUGUCAGAAAGUGAAAUUUUUUAAUUUCAACAUUCACUUGGAUGGUGCUCACACUGUGGAAAGUAUGCAGGUUUGUGGCAACUGGUUUGCCCAAGUCACCACUGCUUCCAGUCUACCCAAAAUCCUAAUAUUCAACACUACCGGCGAUCGUGAUUCCCUAAAGCUUUUAACAAUUCUACGCAACUUUUCUUCAUUUGAUCUGGUAUGCUUUGUGCCCAAUAUUUCCUCCUUAUCAAACAAUAAAAAUCAUGAUAAUCAAUCGGUUUUAUAUAGUCAUGUGGAACAGCUAAAACGAGCCCAAAUGCAUGCCUCAAAUUGGCAAGAAAUGUGUAAAAAGGCCAAUGAAACUAAUACGGGCAAAGUAUUUCCCUCUAUAGUUCAAUGUUUUCAACAUAUACUUCAAGUUUAUAAUAAAUCACAGGAAUUAAAUGUUUUAGUUACCGGUUCCAUACAUUUAAUAGGGGCCACCAUAUUGUCACUGAAUGAAUUGUGUCCAGUAUUGAAUGAGCAGCAUGCGUAGCUUUAGGCUUUAAGAAUAGUUAAUGGAAAUCUAUGUUUAAGAAUUUGUUUUAAUACUAAAAAAGUUACUGUAAAUAUUAACUAAUUAAUUAUAUUAGAAAAUAGUUUAAUAAUACAAUACAAAUAAAAUAAUUAAUUGAAUUACAUAAAUAAAA